AUGUCUUCAAAAAGUGUCCAAAGCCAGCAUAAGGCAUUCGUUGCAAGCUCCGACGACUCAAAGAUAUGUGUUGUCAUGGUGGGCCUCCCGGCCCGAGGCAAGAGUCUCAUCGCCGGCAAGGCCAUGCGCUAUCUGGGUUGGGUCGGUGUCCCUGCACGUGUCUUCAAUGUGGGAAGCUAUCGCCGCUUCAGCACCCCACAGCCACAGGCGGCCUUCUUUGAUCCUCACAAUGCAGAAGGUGAGCGCAUGCGCCGAGCUGCCGCAGAGGCUGCUAUGUCGGACAUGCUUCAGUGGUUUAACGCCGGGAAGGGUGUUGUGGCUAUCUUGGACGCUACCAACUCCACAAAGGAUCGCCGCAAGUGGAUCUACGAGAAAUGCACCGAGGCUGGUAUCGAGGCUCUCUUUGUUGAGUCGAUUUGUGAUGACGAAGAUCUGAUCAUGACCAACAUCAAGGAAGUCAAAACGACAUCUCCAGACUACAAGGGCCAAGACCCUGAAGUGGCGGCGCUUGAUUUCCGCAACCGCAUUCGCAACUAUGAAAAGGUGUACGAGACCAUCGAUGAUGACGAGAAGAAGUACACUUAUGUCAAGCUCAUCAACGUGGGAUCGACGGUCAUCAUCAACCAGAUCAAAGAUUAUCUGUCCAGUCGCCUAGUCUAUUAUAUCCAGAAUAUUCACAUCAAGCCUCGUUCAAUCUGGCUAUCAAGGCACGGUGAAUCCGAGUUCAACCUGACCGGCCGGAUUGGAGGCGACGCCAACAUCUCCGAGCGUGGCGAGGCCUACGCCCGCGCACUCCCCGAGUUAAUGCGCAAGUCUGGUAUCCCAGACAAUACCAAGAUCGUGAUUUGGACCUCAACUUUGCGCCGCACUAUUCAGAGUGCCCGCCAUCUCAAAGCAGAUACUGGCUACGAGACACUGGAGUGGAAAGCCCUGGAUGAGCUGGACUCGGGCGUCUGCGAUGGUUUGACCUACGAGCAAAUCGCUGAAAAGUACCCUGAGGAUUUUGCCGCCCGUGAUGAAGACAAGUACAACUACCGCUACCGCGGUGGCGAGUCCUACCGCGACGUCGUCAUCCGCCUUGAGCCCAUCAUCAUGGAGCUGGAGCGCAGUGAGAAUGUGAUUAUUGUUACCCACCAAGCUGUCCUCCGCUGCAUCUACGCAUACUUUAUGAAUAUACCCCAGGAGCAGAGUCCCUGGAUGGAGGUGCCUUUGCAUACUCUUAUCAAACUCACGCCCCGCGCUUACGGUACCGAAGAGCAGCGCUUCAAGGCUGAUAUCCCCGCUGUGUCAACCUGGCGUGGGAAGGGGACUUCGGCGAAGCACCAGGAUUUCCCUACCGAGAGAGAAAAGAAAGAGGACACGGAAACCAAGCAUUAG